CGACGACACGGUCCCGACGACGACGCCGACGACUCGUUUCCGCCAUCCUCNCCCAAGCGCCCUCGAGUCAACGGCCAACGUGCAGAAGAGACUCCCUUUGAAACCGACGAGGUCGAUGGAGGCUACACCUACCAAUACCACAGUCAUGUCAACGAAGACCACACCCUCCACCUCGAUGUCUCGUCCGACGAGGCCGAAGAUCCCGAAUCCGAAAUCCGCGCUACCCAGCUUGUCCAACGCCACUACCAGCGAAACAAAGAGAACCGGGCUGCCGAGCAGGGUAUCAUCGAGGAGGUCUAUAUGGAGAACUUCAUGUGUCACAGCAAGCUCCGCAUCCAGCUUGGUCCCUUGAUCAACUUCAUCAUCGGUCACAACGGUAGUGGAAAGAGUGCCAUUCUCACCGCCCUCACCAUCUGCUUGGGCGUCAAGGCCGCUCAAACCAACCGCGCCGGCAGUCUCAAAAACUUCAUCAAGUCUGGCGAGGAGCACGCAUAUGUCGCUGUCAAGAUCAAGAACGAUGGUGACAUGGCCUACCAACCCGGCGACUACGGCAAGUCUAUCAUCGUCGAGAGGCAUUUCUCCCAAAACGGAAGUGGCUUCAAGAUCAAAAACGCCGAGGGCAAGAUCAUGUCUACAAAGAAAGCCGAGCUCGAGAACAUUGUCGACUUCUUCGCUCUGCAGCUUGACAACCCCAUGAACGUCUUGUCCCAAGACAAAGCUCGCGAGUUCCUCAGUGGCUCUUCUCCCCACGACAAGUACAAGUUCUUCAUCAAGGGUACUCAACUUGAGCAACUCGACAGUGACUAUCGAAUCCUUGAAAGUCAGUUGGACGAUACUGAGCACAGGUGCGAGCUUGCUGAGACUGAUCUUGAAGUCUUGGGUGGAAAAGCAAGGGAAGCCGAACGAAAGAAGAAGAUGAUAGAUCGCAGCCAGACUAUGAAUGAGAAGAUCAACCAGUUGCGCUGGCAGCAUGCUUGGGCCCAAGUUGAAGAACAGGAACGCGAGCUCGAGAAGAUGGAGGAUCAGAUUCGUCAGGUUGACAACAAGAUCACCAUGCAGCAAGCACAAGCCGAUCAAGCCAGCAGGCUUUACGACGAAUCUCACUCCACACGCGAAGCAAACGCCAGUGUCAUUACUGAUCUGGAAGAGCAGCUAGGUCCAUUACAAGACAACCACAAAGAGGUGAAGAGCAUUUUCGAUUCGAAAAAGUCAGACAUGCAAGACAAGAAGGCCGAGCAAAGGAGCAUCAAACAAGACAUGACGACUUCGAAGGCGAACAUGGACAAGCUGGAUGCCAAGAUCCACGCUGAGAGGGCCAGAAUUGAGAACGCUAACGGCCCUGCCCAUGCUCAGAAGGUGUCCGAUCUGGAGGAUGCCCGUUCCCAGUUGGACGAGACCAAGCAACAGGAAGAGCAGCAUGCUGCCCAGAAGACGCAUAUCGAACGUAGUGUUACCGAAGCCCAAAACGAAUUGAGCAAAGCUCGUGGACAGGGCUUAGAACAAAAGAGAAGAGCUGUUGAGGAGGCAGAAGGCAUGUUGCAACGAUUGCGGACUGAUCAAGGCCAACAGGCUAGAGCCUACCCACCACAGAUCCACAAUGUUCUUCGCCAGAUCAAGAACGAGCGUGGUUUCACGCAGCAGCCGAUAGGGCCUAUGGGCAUGCACGUCAGACUGCUCAAGCCGGAAUGGGGCUCGAUCAUCGAGUCCACCUGUGGCAAAAACUUGAAUUCCUUUGUUGUCAGAAAUGCUCAAGAUAGGCAAUUGCUGUCAAGGAUAUUGAAUCAACAUAACUGUGAUGUCAGCAUAUUGGUCAACAAUGGAAGUCACAUCGAUACUUCACGGAAUGAGCCCGAACAGCGUCUUGAGACAAUGCUUCGAGUGUUAGAGGUGGUUCGCAACUGUCUCAUCAUCAACCAAGGUAUUGAUCAGACUGUACUCAUCUCCGACAUGGAGACUGCCAAUCAGUUUGCACAAACGCAUCCACGAAAUGUCAGAGCAACAGUCUGCCAUCAUCCACAUAAACGUGGGCAUGGUUCUCGUUACACGCCAACUAGGACUGGCAACGGUAUCAGCAUGGGUCCAGUCAAUGCCUGGAAAGGACAAAUGCGCAUGAAGACCAGUCUGGAGGCGCAGAUGAACAUCGCGCAGGAGAGAUUGGACAACGCCAAAAGGGACCUCCAGGAAGCCGAGAACCAGGUGCGAGCCCUAGAGACUACCCUCACUCGCGCCAAGCAGGCGAAGACUCGAUAUGAUAGAGACACAACGAACAUCCGCCAGCAGAGGCAACGAUGUGAAGAUCGGAUCGAACAGCUGCAGGGAGAGCUCGACGCGGAUGCCACCAAUGACACAGGUGUGUUAGAUGAACUCCGUACGCAGUAUAACGAGGCCGAGCAGGCCCUCCAGGCUGCCAAAGACACAAUGAUGGAUUCCGUCAACGCUUUGGACAAAUUGGGCGAAGAAAACAGACAGAUCAAGCAANNCAGCUCGACGCUGCAACCAAGGAGGUUGAAGAAGCUGAAGCACAACUCACCAAGGCACAGAAGAGGCUGGAAGACAAAACAACUCAACGAGAGUUCGCGCUCCGGAAGAAGAACGAGNGCUCUCGAGAUGGUUGAUCUGGCCCGACAAGAGAAGGAAGCUCUCGAAGAACAGCGCGUUGAGCAAGAGAGACUGAUCAACGAGGAAUACCUGCCAGGAGCAAACGCAGUCAGUCGCAGGACCACUGUAGAGCCUGGUCAUACCGUCGAAGUACUGGACCAGAAACUAGAAAGGCUCGAGAAGGAACUGCAGCAACAACAGGAUAGUAUCGGUGGUAGUCGCGAAGAGAUCUACAAGGCGUGGCGUGCUGCACACAAGAAGUUCGCUAAUGCUCAGCGAGCAUUGAACAGCAAGAAGGACGUCGCAAAGAAACUCAAGGCAGCGCUCAUCUACCGCAAGAGUCGCUGGAAGCUGUUCCGCAAGCACAUCACGACGAGAGCAAAGAUUACAUUCAGCUACUUGUUGUCCGAACGCAACUUCCGUGGACGCAUUCUUGUCCAUCACCUAGACAAGACGCUGGAUAUCAGUGUUGAGCCUGAUAUUUCGAAGAACAGCGACAAGGGCCGUCAAACGAAGACUCUUUCUGGUGGAGAAAAGUCCUUCUCGACCAUCUGCCUGCUGCUCUCAAUAUGGGAGGCCAUGGGUUCGCCUAUUCGCUGUCUCGACGAGUUCGAUGUCUUCAUGGACAGCGCGAACAGAGAGAUCAGUAUGAAGAUGAUGAUCCAGGCCGCUCGUAGGUCUGUUGGCAGACAAUUCGUACUCAUUACGCCACAAGCUAUGGGCAAGUACACGGAAGGCGUGCAGGAUGUGAGUGUCCACAAGAUGGCCGAUCCUGAGCGCGGACAGACGACUCUGAACUUCAGCGCUGCUUGA